CCUUUCCAUCUCCUCCUCACUCCUAUGAGACCGCUCUCGGCUUUGACGUCAUCGUGUGCUCCCUCCCGUUGCCAGGCAACCCGUCUCUCGCACCCCCCACCCUCUCCUCCUCCUCCUCCCGUUUUGCCAUCACUACGCUGGUAGGAUCCAUAAUGGUACAGGCAUCAUCCUGCAGCACAAUGGUGAGCGCGCAGUGAUUCAGCAUCGCAAACUCAGGCUUUAAUCCUCCAGCGUUAGACUUUCUUUUGAUCUGUUUGAUACAGUGGUUUUUAAAAGAGUCGCCUGCCGGAAUGUUUUGAACAGGACUGGACUGUCACCGGACCGGGAUCAUCGGACGGGCAGCUGGCACGGAAUGGUAUUUAUGAACAGACGUUUCUUAUAUAACUGCAGUGCUCCAGUCCUGGAUGUGAAGAUUGCCUUUUGUCAGGUGUGUGUUCCAUACAGGUAAAUUAAAAGGGUUUUGGCAAACAAGUUGAUGUUUCUUACAUUGCCCAGCAUUACAACAUGAGCAAAAGCAAAGUGGACAACCAGUUCUACAGUGUGGAAGUAGGAGACUCCACCUUCACGGUUCUCAAACGGUACCAAAAUCUAAAGCCCAUUGGUUCUGGGGCUCAGGGAAUAGUGUGUGCUGGAUAUGACGCUGUCCUGGACAGAAAUGUGGCCAUUAAGAAACUCAGCAGACCCUUCCAGAACCAGACUCAUGCUAAGAGAGCAUAUCGAGAGCUGGUGCUCAUGAAGUGUGUCAACCACAAAAACAUCAUCAGCUUAUUAAACGUCUUCACACCACAGAAGUCUUUAGAGGAAUUCCAAGACGUUUACCUGGUCAUGGAGCUGAUGGACGCAAACCUCUGCCAGGUCAUUCAGAUGGAGCUGGACCAUGAGAGAAUGUCCUACCUGCUCUACCAAAUGCUGUGUGGAAUCAAACACCUGCAUUCAGCCGGCAUCAUCCACAGGGAUUUGAAACCUAGCAAUAUUGUGGUGAAAUCCGACUGUACGCUGAAGAUUUUGGACUUCGGGUUGGCAAGAACUGCUGGAACUAGUUUUAUGAUGACCCCCUAUGUGGUGACGCGGUACUACAGGGCUCCGGAGGUCAUUCUGGGCAUGGGCUACAAGGAGAACGUGGAUAUUUGGUCAGUUGGUUGCAUCAUGGGAGAAAUGGUGCGCCACAAAAUCCUAUUCCCCGGCAGGGACUACAUCGACCAAUGGAAUAAGGUUAUAGAGCAGCUGGGCACACCCUCUCCUGAGUUUAUGAAGAAGCUGCAGCCGACGGUGCGCAACUAUGUGGAGAACAGGCCAAAAUACGCCGGUCUGACCUUCCCCAAACUCUUCCCUGACUGCCUGUUCCCUGCAGACUCCGAGCACAACAAACUCAAAGCGAGUCAGGCCCGAGACCUGCUGUCAAAGAUGCUGAUCAUUGAUCCUGCGAAGCGAAUAUCAGUGGAUGAGGCGCUUCAACACCCCUACAUCAACGUGUGGUACGACCCGGCUGAGGUGGAGGCGGCCAGGAAUCAGCAGAUAUCGAUGCCUCCUCCACAGAUCUAUGAUAAACAGCUAGAUGAGAGGGAACACUCCAUUGAUGAAUGGAAAGAGCUCAUCUAUAAAGAGGUGAUGAACUUCGAGGAGAGAACAAAGAAUGGUGUGGUGAAGGGACAGCCCUCUCCCUCAGGUGCAGCCGUGAACAGCAGCGAGAGCCUCCCCCCGUCCUCCUCCGUUAACGACAUCUCCUCCAUGUCCACCGACCAGACCCUGGCCUCCGACACCGACAGCAGCCUGGAGACCUCGGCCGGCCCGCUGGGGUGCUGCAGGUGACUAACCGCCUGCCUGCGCAACCCCAUGUUCUUCAGAAGGUGAACGGCUGAAAACAAGUCCACAAAAAACCUCCAGAUGAAAACAAUAUAUGCGUCAAAAAAUAAUAAUGUUUGCAUUUUCAUUCAAAGAAAUGUUUGAAUAUGUAUAUUUAUGACUCUCCACUAGUUGCUUUGCAUCCCCUCAUAUCUCUGCUGAAAAAAAAUGAACAAAAAUAAUGGUUUUCUAGUGAGUAUAAUGGAAAUUAUAUCGGUUUUAAUGGAAACUGUGGGUCCUUUUUUGUUUGCUUUCUAUUGACAUGCUAAACCAAUAAAUCCUAAUGGGAUGUGUUCCAAAACACUAAUACAUUUAAAAUGUGGGUUUAAUGGUUACAAUUUGAUGGCUUGUAAUUGCUUUAAUGGUGUCUAUAGGCUACUGGAAACCAUUCAAAUUUUCUGUGAAGUUUUCCAUUUCUUUUCUUCAGCAGGGACAGCAUCCAAAACAGAUCAACUUAAAGAUGAAAAAAGAAUAAUCUGUAAAAUGUACAUGGCUGAUAUCUAAUACCUAGCAGUUUUCUGUGCUUCACUCGAUGUGGCAGGGUGGGCUUUUAUUUUAACGAGCACUGUACAAUAUUCAAUUACCCCCUUGUCUUUUGCCAUGAUGUGCUGGUUUUGGGUGGCUGGUGUGUUCCUCGUAGGGUAGAAUAACGCCCCCUAUAUUUUGUAUAUAUGUAAUUGUGUACAGCUGUGAGUGGGACUGACGGCCAGUAGAGGGAGUAUUUGCACACCUUGCCACAUCACACACCCGUUCCCCCUUUGCCUGUAGUCUUGCAUGGUCAGAGAGAAAAAAAAACGAAAUUAAGCUAAUUAUAACAUAUAUGUUAUUCGUAUAUAUACGAAUAUAAAGAACCGUGUUUAUAUAACAUUUAAGGGCGACAGGAAGUGAGGCUGCUUAACAGGAAGCCAUUGGGGUGUUCAAGCACUGUCGCUGUCAUUCUCUGACUUCUGCCUUCGUGUUUGAGAAACUCACCCUCUUUUCUGCAGCCUUGCAUGCUGUAAUUCACACUUGAAAGGUGUGUGACGAACGCAAGUUGAGAGCAUGCGCCUCAUCUUCACUUUUUUGUUCCUCGUUUGCAUCCACGCAAACUAAAUCUCAUCUCAAAACUCAUGUUUUUGUGUUGGGAAUCGACAUGCUUACUACCUAAAUUUCCACAGCAGGAGUUUAUUUAUUAAUCCUCUUUAUUGUCGGAUUUGGGAAGUGCCUUUGAAAUAAUGCAGUUUCCUCCUAGAAAACAUGAAUACAGUGAACGCGACGGGUAUGGCAAGCUGCUUUUACAUUUAAACUAUUAACUGUACUAGUAUUUUUUUUCAUUGUAAACCAGUCCUUUUCGGGUACUAGUAUCUAUUAAUACUUAUUCUUUAGCUAAUAGAGCUUAUUCUUGUUUCAAAUAUACUACUACUUCAUUAGAUGCUUGUUUUAAAGUCCUUUAAAGGUUUAAAGUUGCUUUUGCUAGCGCACAUUGUUAUUCUUUAGUUGAAGAAAAAAAUGUUUUCUAAUCUUUAAUCAAGUCUGGCCAUUUGCUUCAGCAUUUGGAGUGGCACUCCUUGUCUGAUGAUGCCGGUUUGACGAUUUCGACCACAAUAUUCUUAACCCUGCCCCUCUUACUGUCUUACUUACUGUCUUGCUGUAAGGCAGUGUUUCUCAACCACAUUCCUGGAGGACCACCAAUACUGCAUGUUUUGGAUGUCACCUUUGUUCGUCACACCUAUUACAGGGUCUUUCAUUCUCUGCUAAUGAGCUGAUAAUCUGAAUCAGGUGUGUUUGUAUAAGACAUGGGCUGUUUCUCAUUUCCAAGAACGCAAAGAAAAGAAAUCAGAUCUUAAAAGUGGUGAUUUUGUAAUGGAAAUACCGGCAGAACUUGGGCCAACCUGAUUGAAAAUUAAAAGUCUGUGUGCAUAUACCCCAUUCUCUAGCACAAACACUAGUAUCUAAAGAAUAAGCACUAGUAUCGAAUGAAUAAAUACUAGUAAAUAAAAGAUACUGCUAGUAUAAAAAGUACUGGUAGCAUGAAAAUCAAUUCUAGCAUGGUUUGCACUGUAGGUUAAAUGUUAAAGCAGCUUGCCAUAGGUGAUCCAGGUGGUGUCGGAUGUGUCAGGUCUGUUUAUCCAGUCCCAUAAUUCCCUAUUCAUAUUAAUUUUCUAUAGUGUAGAGAUCCAAGUGUCUAAUUUAAUGUCACUUUAUGUGUGUAAAAAGAGGCACCUGGGGUAAUAUUUCUACACUCAUCUGAUCUGAGUCUUACAGUGGCUUCAAAUAGUAUUUGGAUAUUUAGGUCACAAUUAAAAAUGUCAAGACAUUAAUAAUAAAAAAAACUAUGUGGUUGUCAAAUGCCAGUGAAACGUUUUCAAAGUGUCCAUUUUACGCCAUUUAUUUAGCAUAACUUUUUCUGAAUGAGUGCCAUUUGUUAUAUUAACUCAUAUACAUUUUUAAAAUGAGUCUAAAGUGUCCAAAUACAUAUUGUGGCCACUGUCUGUUGCAAUGUAACCCCCCCUUUACAUUUUGAAAAAGUCAAAUAAUGUAGUUUCAACUUUCAAACACACAUGACUGAUGUUUUUAGUACUAGGUAAAGUUUAGCGUCAUUGGAAAAAAACAUGAUGAAGUACACAGUAAUUUGAACAUAUAAUAUUUAAGUUGUACCGUUUUGUUUUGUACCUGUAUUUGAUCCGUGUACUAAGCAAUUUAAUAAAGGGAAUGAAAUGCACAUUCAUUUUUGGGGUUUGUUUAUGUAACUAAGCUCUCGUUUUCUAACUCAUCCUCACUCUUUUUAUUUUUGUCUAUGAAAUGAGUUUUGUUUUUCAGUGACUCAUUCGUAUGGCAUCGCAUGUUAAUAUUCUGAUCCCGCAGGGACACUCUUAAAUAUCCACAGAUUUAGCUUUUUGUGUUAAGUUGAAAUCAGUCGCACACAGUUAUCAUAUAUAUUGAGUUUAAUUACCUAUUCUAAGCAUUAAUCUGACAUAGCUGAAUAUGAAAUCAUUCAGGUGCUGCUUUAUUAUGCUUAAACAUAAAACCUCAGAAUUUUGAUAUCAAAAGCCAUUUAAAUACCCUAUAUAUGUGCAUGAACCAUAAGAUUCCCAAAAUGUUCACUAUAACAAUCAACAUAGCAAUGCACAUCAUCUUCAGAGAACAGAGAGGGCUUGUGGGAGGUCUCUAGGCUCUGUAAUUCAAUAUGGCUGCUGAUGUUUUUUUUUUUUCAACAGGGUGGACACGUACAGUAUAGUAAAGGUAGCUUUUGUAUUUCAAUUGUUAGAAUUCAAUACUAAUUGUAAACCGUUAUGUUGUGUAUCCAACUUGAUCGCAUUUUAUUUUAGGAUAGAUGGACAACAAUGUCGUCUUGCAUUUUAUACGUAUACAGGUUGUUUUUCAACAAAAUGGCCCUCGAAUCAGUCGGGUCUCGCACAGGGUUAAUUAUUUGCGAAUCCAUUAUCGCAGUCGUCCAUUUUGAAACUUUGCACCAGUUGUUAUAAAACAGUAACUUGAUAUAUUAACUUAAACCGUUUUUUUUUCCCCAUGAAAGUGGAUGAAAUGAGUCAGAUUCCAGCCCAGAAGUGUGCAUUUCUCUCAUGGUGCUUCAAAUGUAGUUAAAAGUUGGGAUUUAUUAGUCAGAAUGGCUUCUGAUAGGUGUAAACAAUAAGUUUGUGCUCGUCACAUUAGCCACUUUCACACAUUAAAGCCAGUAAAUUACCAUAAAAUUGCCAGACUUUUCCAUUGACAUAAGCAAAAUUGUUCUGUAAUUUAAAAAAAUUAAGAUACGAUUAACACAUUGGUGCCAAUAGCCUAGUAGUUAGUAUGUUGACAAGUAGCACUGAUGUGCUCACAGAGACCCAAGUUCGAGUCCCACCUUGAGGGCCUUUGCAGAUUCUUUGCCUCUCUCUCUUUCUGCUUUCCUGUCUCCACUAUACUAUAAAAAUAAACGGUUAAAAACCCCUAAAUAAAUAAUUAUAAAAAAAGUUACGAUUCACACAUUAUUAUAAAAAAUAACAUUUUUCUAUGAAAUCAACCAUGGAAAUAAGCAUUAAACACUGCUCCAUUUUCUUAUUUAUUUUAUCUGUCCACUUAUACAACUUUGAUUGAUAGGCAUAAAGUUUUGCUCUAAAAUAAAACUUGAUGCGCACAAUAGUUAAAGGGAUAGUUCACCCAAAAAUGUUACUUUGCUCACUAUGUAUUCUCUCUCAAAUGGUUCAAAACCUUUAUGAGUUUCUUUUUUUCUGUUGAACAGAAGAUAUUUUGAAGAAAGCCGAAAACCUGUACCCAUGGACAUUCAUUGUAGGAAAAUGAAUACUGUGAAAGUUAAUGGUUUCGGGUUACAACAUUUUUCUAAAUAUCUACUUUCUUGUUUAAUAGAAGAAAGAAACGCAUAAAAGUUUGAAAGAAGGGCGAGUAAAUGUAAAUGUUCAUUUUUGGAUGAACUGUCCCUUUAAGCCCAAAUUAUACUUCAUAUUUUAUGUGUAUGCCAUGUAUACCGUGUGGUGAGCAUUACUGCAUCAUCAGCUUAGUAUACAGACACUUCACAUAUGAACAGCCUGAUUUUUCUAACAAUGUGUGAUUGUAUUCACCACUUUUUAAGAGUGUCCAUUUUUAAUGGAUAAAUCUUUCUACACUGCAUGUGUCAGAUGCCUGUUUGUGCAUGCUAUCAAACAGAGUGUACUUUGAAAGGCUGUAUGUUAAGCAUAUGUUAAAAUUCAGUAUAAUUUGGGCUUGAGGGUACACUAAUAAUAUCACAGACUAUAGUAAAAUAUAAUAAUCACAGAGAAAAUGUACUGAAGAUGUGUGAUAAACUUUUGUAUAGCACAUUUUAAAUCUAUUGAAAGCAGGAGAGCGCACUGUAAACAGUUUAGACACAGGAAAACGUGUUCGGCAACAGUAAUUCUCUAUGGAAGGCAAUUGUGGACAAAAUGUGUGAAAUCUGACAAUGCAAACACACAGUUUGAUCAUGUUGAAGCAUCGAAUUUAAACUUAAAACUGCUUAUUUAAAAAUGAUUUGAAACACGAUUAAGUUUUUUGGGACAAUUGUUUUAAGUUCAAUCCACUUAAAUUGUAAAAACAAUUAAGUUCAUCUAUUUGGAAGAACAUGGAGUUGUGUGGAAGUCUAAAAUACAGCAAUUUAAUUGGCUGUUGUGCUUGCUUAGAUGAUUGCAUGGUCAAACUGACCAUGAUCAGAAUUCACACUGUCAAAAAGUUUUGGCACUGAUUGCCUUCCAUAAUGCCACUUUUUGUUCACAAUAGCAUUGUUCAUUAACGUUAACUUCUUAUACUAGAAAAUUGUCAGAAUUAAUAUUCUAAAAUAAAAUAUUUCCUAAAGAUUCUUUUUGCACACAAUCUUUAAACAAUUUAUCUGUAAUUUAUAAAAUAAAUCUUAACUUUUGUGUUAAUUUAUUUCAAAACAUUGUUUCAAAUACAUCGAUUUCAUUGUUAUAUACAUUGUUGGCAUUAUUGAUACAUCUUAAAUCUGCAAGUUAAGAUUUCUGGUUCAGAUAGCCUUCCAUAAUCCUAUACUGUUUAACAACAACAUAGUUUACAUUCACUUUCAAAUGAUUACUUUUCUUAAAAACAUGUUGUUCACUCAUAAUCCCUAAAUGGUAAUUUACAAGUGUGUGAAAGUGGCCAAUGUUAAAAUAAUGUUGCUUCUGAAACCAGUGUCAGUUAUAAACUUGUGACCCAAACACAGAACAGAAACAUGAUAAACACUGAACGAACACGGCAGUAUUGUCAAAUUUGACUUUGUCUUGUAACAGUACGGGUUUGUGAGCAGGAAAUUAAUGUUUGGAAACUUAAUGUGCUAUAAUGAUGUCAUCAUUUAAACUCGAUCUGACUGGUGGAGAUAAUGGCCUUAUGAGGAACAGAGUUGUAAAAUAUUCCCGGGUUUUGAUUAAAUCUGUUUAUAAGUCCAGUAUAAAAAUAACAUCUUCAUUAUCCAGUCUUGAAUGUUCAUCAAAUAAAUGCAUGUCUCGGUAAACACAUCUGUCAUGUUAUGUUUGAAAUGAAGGUAUUUGAAUGUUCUGUUAUAGUAUAAAAUGCGUGUUUUCAUCCGAACAAACUGCACAAUAACACAGAGCUGAUGAAAUAAUGUGUCACUGCAAUCAAAGAAAAAACACUCUGAGCAAUACAGACCACAUGAUCAUUACUAUUGACUGUCUUCAUGUAUACUUUCUUUUUUUACCAUCCUUUUCUCUUUCCUUUUUCCUCCCCAAGCUCAUUCUUAUUUCAUUUUCUUCAUCCUCUUCCUUCCCACAAUUUUUCACUAUUUGUUGUUCCUUCCCUUCCUUCCUUCGUUUCACUUCUAAACAGAGUCCCACACUGGACGUAAAGUGUCACGCCUUGGUUUUUAGAAUUGAAAACAUUAUUUUCUAUGAGGGCACGCACACACCGGUGUCAACAUUCACCAUAUGUUUGCGAUGCUUAGUGACAUAUAGAUAUAAUGUAAUGUAAAGAUGAGGCGUCCGCUGUGCAACCUGCUUUAUUUUGUUCCGUUGUCCUACUUUAUUUCCUUUCUUCCUUUUUCUUCCUCAUUCUUUUUUCCUCUCAUUUCACAGCUUUUUCCUUUGUUUAUUCCGGUUCACGUCCAGCCUGAUCUCAUGAGGAAAUGUAACCAUUUUAGGUUUUGUCAGUUUAGUGGCAAAUUCUUCUGAAUUAGUACGAGUUCAGUCUCAUAAAAAUGUGUGAUUUUUAAAAGGAGGCGUGGCACCCAACCCCACCCCUAAACCCAACCGUCAUUGGGGAUCAGCAAAUCGUACUAAAUUGUACUUAUGAGGCUGAAGAAUUCAUACGAAUUAAGCUGCGGUGACACUAGAGUUUGAUCUUGCAAAAUUCUUUAGUAUGGUGCUGCGAAAAGGGGCGGGAUUAAAUAUUUAAAAAAAAAAAAAGAGUGAUUGGUCCAUGUUUUAAAUUUUGGUCCAGAGAGAUCAUGUUUUAUCCUUGAUUGGUUUUACGCAGUCACGUAAUGUGAUUUCGCAAGUCAGAGUUCAGCAAGCUUGAACUUUGCAGCGCAGCAAACUGCUAAACUUGUCGCACGAGCUUGCGUCUGACGCAUUCGUGACGCAUGCAGUGUGACCGCAGAUUUAGCCACUAAAUCAAAGUUACGAGUUGCCAUGGGAUUGUUGUCAUAUCUCUUUUACUUACUCUACUUCUAUUUCAUCUAUAAAAUCCUUUUCUUCCUUCCUUCCUUUUUUCUGUCCUUCCAUUCAUUCUACACUUUCCUUCUAUUCAUUCUACACUUUCCUUCCCAUCAUUUUACCUUUAUUUCUUACUCUUUUUCCUCCCCGUUUCCCUUUUAAAUUCCUUCCCUCUUUUCUUUCAGCUGUAUUCAUCCAGUCUUUUCCUUCCUUCUGCAAUUUCAUAUUCAUUUUUUACACCUGUUUAUCUUUAUUUCCUCACUCACUUCCUCAUGUUUUCGGUCUUCUUUUUUCUUUCCAUUCUUCCUGUUUUUUCCUUUCCUCUUUUUAAUUAACCUUCUACCUUCCUUCCUUCUUCCUGUUUUCCUCCUGUCUUUCUGUUCUUUCUGCAGUUUCGUUUCCAGUCUUUUUUAUAAUGAUUACUUUUAAUUUCUGAGGUGGCGCAGUGGGUAUAACUGUCGCCUCAGUUGGCAUUUCUGUGUGGAGUUUGCAUGUUCUCCCGUGUUGGCAUGGGUUUCCUCCAGGUGCUCCGGUUUUCCCCCACAGUCUAAAGACAUGUGUUACAUGUCAAUUGGGUAAGCUAAAUUUUUCCGUAGUGUAUGUGUAUGAAUGAGAGUGUAUGGGUGUUUCCCAGUGAUGGGUUGCAGCUGGAAGGGCAUCUGCUGCGUAAAACAUAUGCUGGAUAAGUUGUUGGUUCAUUCUGCUGUGGCGACCCCUGAUUAAUUAAGGGACUAAGCCGUAAAGAAAAUGAUAGAUGAACUUUUAACUUCCUUACACUUUUCCUCCUCUUUCCUUCCACCUUUCUUUUUUUAUAAUUUUUUCUUCCCAUCCUUCCAUUCUUUCUGCUGUUUCCUUUCCAUCCUUUUCAUUCCUGUUUAUCUUCCUUUACUUACUCUUUUCCUCCCUUUACCUUUUAAAUGUCCCCUCCUUUCUUUCCCAUCCUUUGUUAUUAUCGGUUUAUCUUUUUCCCUUACUAUUUUCCUUUUAAAUGUCCUCCUCCUUUCCUUCACUAAUUUUUUUCCGCCCAUCUUUCCAUUCUUUCUUCUGUUUCCUUUCCAUCCCUUUGUAGUAUUAGUUCUUUUUUUACCUCACUCUUUUCCUCCUCUUCCCUUUUAAAUAUCCUCCUUCCUUCCUUCCUGUCUUUUUAUUUCUUCACAUCCUUCUAUUCUUUCUGCCAUUUCCUUUCCUCCUUUUAAAUCUGCUCCUUCGCUUAUCCCCACCUUUCUACAUUUUCAUUUCCAUUCUUUUUUUAUUAUGUUUACCUUUACAUUUUUUUUACACUUUUCCUCCUCUUUCCUUCCCUUUUUUAUUUUUUCUGUCUUCAUUUUUCUUCCCAACUUCCCAUUCUUUGCCGUUUCCUUUUCAUCUGUUUUUUUUACCUCGUUUUAUCUUUCUUUUCUCAACUCUUUUCCACCCUUUUCCUUUUAAAUGUCCUCCUUCACCCUUUUCUGUCUUAAUUUUUCCUCACAUCUUUCCAUUCUUUCUUCUAUUUCCUUUCCAUUCAUUUUAUUAUCUCCGUUUACCUUUCUUUCCUUACUCUUACCUCAUCCUUCCUUAUAAAUUUCAUUCUUUCUUCCUUCCAUUCUUCAGAUUUACUUAAUCCUACACUUUAAUACAGACAACCUUUUA